GGCCACACGUCGGGUAGGGGGGGCCAGUGUGGCGGAGCCCUGCAGUACCGUGCCAGACGUGGUGGUCUAGUACCGUGCGUGCAGUCGUGUAGCCGUGCAGUGCCAGUGACAUGUUAACAUUCUAACCUUUUGACACCAUGUUCUCCACUAUGGAACCCCACUUUGGCCAACCCCUUGGAGGAUUUAGUUUCCAGAAUUGAAAAUGGAUGUUGAAGCUCGGCUGGUGCACCUCCUGAGAGUGCUGCUCCUCGCCACCGCCGCUGCCAGCCUGUCCGACCACCGCCUCCCCCUGUCACCCCACGACCUAGGACUCCGCCCUGCCUCGCCCGAGGACGCACCUCCAGACCUGAUAGAAGACACCAACAGGUACCACGACCCGCGGCCUUCAGAGCUCAACAGCACACUGCUGCGUCACAAGCUGGGGAAGAAUCUUGACACUUCCUUCAUGAGUGUUUCACGUCCCAGGGACUCCAAGGAGUUCUUCAACCACUCGGACUUCCUCUUCAGGAGGAACCGCCGAGGACGGCUUGUGCCCGUGGGAGACAUGCCGAGGCACCUGAAAGACAUGGACUUUAAAUUCGUCAGACUCCCGGACGGUACCAAGUUGAGAACGAGGGUGUCAGCGAAGUUAAAGAAGAAGUUGCAACAAUUUCUGUGGGCGUUUACUUCUUGCCCGGUUUCUUACCGCUGGAAGGAUCUGGGCUUGAGGUUUUGGCCACGGUGGCUCAAGGAGGGUCACUGUCCGUCGGGGAAGACCUCCUGUUCCAUCCCCCCGGGCAUGAAGUGUCGACCGUCGUCCACUGUCCACAAGACCAUCCUGCGAUGGCACUGCCGCUCUCCGGUGUUCAACAACGCCGCUCUGCAGCCCCAUCACAGGUUGUGUAGUUGGAUCAAGGUGGAAUACCCGAUAGUGACCCAGUGUUCGUGUGCGUGUCCUGGGCAAAACAAUUCCUACUCUUGAACCCUCCCUUCCCUUGUACAUUGUAAAUACUGUAGCUAUGAGUGUCAAGCGUGCGAGAUUUGUGUGUGACUUGCUGCUGAACUCUUGUAGUUAAAUUCAUGUUCAAUAUUUCAAGUUCCUAUUUCAUUUUGUUAUUAUCAUAUCUAACUUUAUCUAUCAAUGAAUUUGACAAUCCAAAAUCAUUAUGUACAAUAAUAGUUAAUAUGCAUGUGUAUACAGUAUAAAUUGUUUAAAUUUUUCAAUCAUCAUCUCAAUCGUCUCUAGUCCGAUUUAAAA